ACCAAAAACAAAAACCAGCGUGUGAAAACCCCCCGCCGGUUUGAAUACAAAAACUUAAACCGGCGGCGAUGCCACUACCACUCGGCGAAGGCGAAAUCGAUAUGAUGAUUGAUGCCGACGAUCCUCCACAUGAGCUCCUCAUCCUUUCAUCGGGGAAACCCAACCGUCACGGACCGGAAAAUGAUAUAGAUUAUGGACUAAUAACGGAAACAGAAGCUGAAAUUAAUAAAAUUCUUACAAAGAAAAGAGCAACUCUAAAAACCAGGGGUGAUAGAUUACCGGACAAAGGAGAAAAACUCAGGGCAGAUAUUCGCCGAUGUGAAGCCGAACUCGAAAGAAGAGAAAAAUUUUAUAGCAAAAAGGGUGGUGUUACCAAAUGUGAAGACACUAUGCAACUUUCUGAUCUUAGUGAUGAUGAUUUUGGUUUUAUAGGUGCGUCACGCGGGAAAAAGAGAAGUGAUCAGAAAUAUUUUGCAAAUCUGUUUGACAAGAAGCUGGACAGGGAUAAGUUUUCCAGGACUGUAGAUGCAUUUCAAGACGACGAAUUAUUCAGUAAACGUGAUCAAGGAAGAAGGGCCAAGAACCAAGCUGCACAAUUUUCGAGUAGGGAGCGAUCUACAAAGCAAACAUCUUCGAGAACAAAACCAUUUUCUUGUCAGACCAACAGUCCUUUGUUUUAUAGUGGGAAGCACAAAUUUUCAAAUGGUGAUAAAAAAGUCAACCGUUCUACUACCUGUUCUCUUGAUUCUGACAGAGAUAUUUGGGAAUCAUUCAAAAGGAUACCUGCUCCCAAAAGCCAGCCUUCAACAAAAUGGGAGCCUAGAUGUUCAUCAGAUUAUCGUCUGCUGGAUGAAGAUGAGGAUGAUGAGCCUCUGGUUUGGAAUUUAACACCUUGUGCAGAAAAAUUAAGUGACUGGUACAUGAAAGAUGUUGAAGUCUACUACCCAUCAAGGGACGACCAGGAUCCAGUUCAAGUUAUUUACACAGACAUGAAAUGUCUUGAUCCUGAAGCAUGGCUUUCAUCAGCUAUUAUGAACUACUAUAUCCGAUAUCUUCAGCAGCUUUCAUCUGCAUCAGAAAAUGCAAAAUGCAAUUAUCAUUUCUUCAAUACAUAUUUUUACAACAAGCUCAAGAAGUUGGAUUACCAGGAAGGCUCUUUCCAUAAGUUCAGAAAAUGGUGGAAAAAUACCCACAUAUUUGAAAAAGCUUACAUACUUCUCCCAAUUCAUGAAAAUGCUCAUUGGAGCCUGGUAAUUAUAUGUAUCCCAAACAACGUAGAUGAGUUAGGCCCUGUUGUUCUUCAUCUGGAUUCACUUGGACUACAUGACAGUGAAUCAAUUUUUGUUAACAUCAAAAGCUUUCUAAAAGAAGAGUGGAGCUACCUUCAGAAAUCAGAUGAACUUUUGGAUCCCCCCAUCAAGGAUGAAAUCUGGGAAAACCUCGGCUGUAGAAUAACUGACAGAAAAGUUAAGGUUCCAAGGCAAAGAAACGCUUUUGACUGUGGGCUAUUUGUUUUGUUCUAUAUGGAACGUUUCAUUAAGGAAGCUCCUAAGAGGUUACGAGAGGAAGAUUUAUCAAUGUUCAGCAAAGAAUGGUUUCGUCCUGAAGAAGCUUCCAAUUUAAGAGGGAAAAUAUAUGAUCUACUUGUACAAGAGUUCAAGAUUGCAAAAGAGAAGGAAACCACCUUAUCUCCCAAGUGUUAGCCACAUUUGACAUCUCAGAGAAAUUGGGGUUUAUGUUUUUUUUUUAAUUUCUUUUGUACAUAUCUAUCAUCUUUCAGGGCUUGAAAUUAGUAAAAUGCCAGAUUUCUAGAUAGUUAUGAAACUGGUCUGUUUUGCCCAUGAACACCAACGUAGUUGAUAUUUGGAUACCACUUUUGCUGGUAAGUGAAGUGACUAUGCAUUAUGCAAUAUAAGCAUGGAAAUAGCCUUUUUUGACA